UGGUGCAAGACCAACAACUUCAAGUCAAUGCUACUUCAAGAUGUCAAAUCUCUCUCUCCUUUGAGCAUGGUUCUUAACACAGCCGCAGUGGUGAACAUGCAGCAAACAAGUCUUGAUGGACACCUCCAAGAGAUUCCUCCCAACAAGGUAGUCAUACCUUAUACUGAUUCACUCUUCCAUGAGGCUGCCAUUGAUUGGCUGAUAUCUACUAGCCAGCCAAUCCAAGCUGUAGAUCAUCUGAGCUUCAAGAACAUGAUCAACAUAGCAGCCCGUGCUACAAAUGGUGUGGUCCUACCAAAUUGUAAUGCUAUGUGCCGCAACAUCAUGGACUUGUUCAAGACACAGAUGACAAAGUUAAAGGACCGGCUCAAUUUAAGUUUUUGUUUUGUCUGA